CUUCGGUCAGGUGGUGUCAUCAGAGGUGCUCCAGGCUUCGGAGCUGAGCUGUCCCAUCGAACUUCACAAGAUCGACAUCGACAAGUGUGACGAGAUGUACGACCAGCAGUGUACCGGCAAUAAGUUCAUGCCUUUCCAUCGCGCUGGUUACGACUACUCCACCGGUCAGAGCCCCAACAGUCCCCGCGAGCAGUUGAACUAUGUGACGUCGUGGCUUGACGCUAGCUUCGUGUACAGCAUCAGUGAAGCUCGACUUAACAUGCUAAGGUCGUUUGUAAACGGCACAUUCAGGACUGCUCCUGGCGACCCUACCAUGCCUCCACGCAACACUGAGAGGAUCCCCAUGUUCAACAACCCCACUCCACACGUUCUCAAGAUACUCAACCCAGAGAGGAUUUUCUUGUUGGGUGACCAGAGGACCAAUCAGAACCCGGCGCUGCUGGCCUUCGGCAUCUUGAUGUUUCGCUGGCACAACGUUUUGGCCGGCCGCGUGCAGGCCGCCCACCCUGACUGGUGUGACGAGGAUAUUUUCCAGCGAGCCCGCAGGAUACUCACCGCCCACCUCCAGAACAUUAUCAUGUACGAGUUUCUACCGGCGUUCCUGGGCGAGUCUGUGGAAGCUUACCAGAGAUAUCGACCCGACAUCCACCCUGGCGUCUCCCAUGUCUUCCAGUCUGCUGCCUUCAGGUUCGGUCAUACGCUUGUACCCCCUGGCUUGUACCUUCGAGGUCCUGGAGAGGACUGCCCCUUCCUCAAGACCCAGAACGGGUACUCAGCACUCCGUCUCUGCUCCACCUGGUGGGACGCUAACGACGUGAUGAGGGAGGACACUGUGGAGGAGCUGAUGCGAGGUCUAGCCUCACAACUAGCAGAGCAGGAGGACCAUGUACUCUGCUCAGACGUCAGAAACAAGCUCUUCGGUCCCCUUGAGUUCUCCAGGCGCGACCUUGGGGCGCUUAACAUCAUGCGAGGCCGUGACAAUGGACUGCCAGACUACAACACCGUCAGGAAAUGCUUUCACCUGGCUCCCGUCAACACCUGGGAGGAGAUCAACCCGGUGCUCGCCAUAGACAGCCCUCACCUAAUCGAACAACUCAAGAAUCUUUACCAGGAUAAACUCUGGAACAUUGACCUGUACGUGGGAGGUAUGCUGGAGACUCAGGAUGGUCCCGGACCACUCUUCAGGGCCAUCAUCAAGGAACAAUUCGUCAGACUCAGGGACGCUGACAGGUUCUGGUUCGAGAACGCUGACAACAUGAUGUUCACUCCGGAGGAGAUCGAAGAGAUCCGCAAGGUGAAGCUGUGGGACAUCAUCGUUAACGCCUCGGCGGUGAAGCCGGACGAGAUCCAGAGGAAUGUGUUCUUCCAUCGUGGAGACGACCCAUGUCCACAGCCAGCCCAGCUUAACACCACCGAGAUGGAGCCCUGCGACUACCUCCAGGGCUUCGACUACUUCCAGGGGUCUGAGGUGACAUACAUAUAUUCUUGCAUCCUGCUGCUUGCCGUACCCCUGGUGUGUGCGGGCGCCGGCUACGCUACCGUCAAGUUCCAGAAUUCCCGCCGCCGCCAUUUUAAGACCAAGCAAGAGGAAAACAACAAUGGCCGCAGCGUCGACAAGAUGAUGGUCAAGGAGUGGCUACAUCAGAACCACAAGCGCAUCGUAAAAGUAAAGUUCGGCCCCAACCAAGAAAUCUCCACUGUAAACAGAAAGGGAGAGAAGAUGCGUAAGGUAUCAUUAAACGGCGUGGACACUCUGCAGGUAGAGCUCACCCAGGAUCCCCGUAGGAAGCCCAUGGUCCUUAUCCGCCCUCCCAAGGACCAUGACCUGGUGCUGGAGUUUGACAACGAGGCUGCGAGGCGCAAGUUCAUCAACAAGCUGGAGCAGUUUAUGACCUCCCACAGGAAGUCCGUCGAGAAAGUGCACACCAACAAGGAAGAGAUGCUGGCCAACGCAGAAACGAAAGAGCGUCGUCAGAAGCGGCUGGAGCAUUUCUUCAGAGAGGCCUAUGAACUAACCUUUGGCCUCAAACCUGGCGAGGAGAAGCGAAAGCUAGAGGACGCGGGUAGCGACGUUAUAAUGGUGAUGAGAACUUCCCUUUCCAAAAAAGAGUUUGCAGGAGCUCUAGGAAUGAAACCUGACGACAUCUUCGUGCGGCGCAUGUUCAACAUCGUGGACAAAGACGGCGAUGGGCGCAUAUCCUUCCAGGAGUUUCUAGACACUGUGGUGCUCUUUAGUAAAGGCACAACCGAUGACAAGCUGCGGAUCAUCUUUGACAUGUGUGAUAAUGACCGCAACGGCGUCAUCGACAAGACAGAACUCUCGGAGAUGCUAAGGUCACUGGUAGAAAUCGCUAAGACAAACACUGUCAGUAAUGAGGAGGUGGAGGACCUCAUCGACGAGAUGUUCAGCUCGUCUGGCAUCGACCACAAGGAGUCGCUGACCUACGAGGACUUCAAGCAGAUGAUGCGAGAAUACAAGGGAGACUUCAUCGCCAUUGGCCUCGAUUGCAAGGGAGCUAAACAAAACUUCCUCGAUACCUCUACCAACGUGGCCAGGAUGACCAGCUUCCACAUUUCUGAGAUCAGGGAAAAGAAUCGUCACUGGGUCUUCAAGAAGUAUGAUUCAAUAGCCACGUUCCUUGAAGCCAAUCGUCAAAACGUCUUCUACCUCUUUGUCUUCUAUGUCCUUACAAUUGCUUUCUUCUGUGAACGAUUUAUCCAUUACUCCUUCAUGUCUGAGCACACUGACCUACGACACAUCAUGGGAGUUGGAAUUGCUAUUACCCGUGGAGCUGCCGCCUCCCUAUCAUUUUGCUACUCUCUACUACUACUAACCAUGUCCAGGAACCUCAUUACCAAGCUUAAAGAUUUCAGCGUCCAGCAGUAUAUUCCACUUGAUUCACAUAUACAGUUCCACAAGAUUGUAGCAUGUACAGCACUCUUCUUCAGUAUUUUACACACGGUUGGCCAUCUGGUUAAUUUUUACCAUGUGUCAACCCAGCCCGUUGAAAAUUUAAGGUGUCUGACUCAAGAAGUAGCAUUUGCCUCGGAUCAGAAACCUACUGUGGGUUACUGGCUCUUCCAAACUUUAACUGGCCUGACUGGUGUAAUCCUGUUCGUCAUCAUGUGCAUUAUCUUCAUCUUCGCUCAUCCAAUGAUUCGUAGGAAAGCAUUCAAGUUUUUCUGGGCAGCACAUCAGUUAUAUAUCUUCCUUUAUAUCUUCAGUCUCCUCCAUGGUCUGGCUCGCCUCACUGGAGCCCCUCGAUUCUGGAUAUUCUUCGUUGGUCCUGGUAUUAUCUACACACUUGACAAGAUCAUCAGUCUUCGUACACGAUACAUGGAGCUUGACAUUAUUGAAACAGAGUUGUUACCAUCUGAUGUAGUCAAGAUCAAAUUUUACAGACCACCAAACUUCAAGUAUCUGAGUGGACAUUGGGUGCGACUUUCUUGUACAGCCUUCCGCCAGACUGAAUACCAUUCCUUUACAUUAACUUCUGCACCACACGAGAAUUUCCUUUCCUGCCAUAUAAAAGCUCAAGGGCCAUGGACGUGGAAGCUUAGGAAAUUCUUCGAUCCUCACAACUAUAUUCACGAUGAGGAAAAUCCCCCUAGGAUACGUCUAGAGGGUCCAUUUGGUGGUGGAAACCAAGACUGGUACAAGUUUGAAGUUGCAGUGAUGGUUGGAGGUGGCAUUGGAGUCACACCCUAUGCAUCCAUUCUUAAUGAUCUUGUCUUCGGCACCUCCACCAACAGAUACUCGGGUGUGGCCUGUAAAAAGGUAUACUUCCUGUGGAUCUGUCCAACACACCGUCAGUUUGAGUGGUUCAUUGAUGUUUUACGGGAUGUUGAGAGAAAGGAUGUAACUAAUGUCUUGGAAAUGCACAUUUUCAUUACACAGUUCUUCCAUAAAUUUGAUCUUCGAACUACUAUGCUUUACAUAUGUGAGAAUCACUUCCAACGACUAAGCAAGCGAAGUAUGUUUACGGGGCUCAAAGCUAUUAAUCAUUUUGGUCGCCCCGACAUGACGUCAUUCUUAAAAUUCGUACAGAAGAAACAUAGUUAUGUAUCUAAAAUUGGAGUAUUCAGCUGUGGUCCUAAUCCCCUCACAAAGAGCGUGAGCACAGCAUGUGAGCAGGUGAACCGGGGUCGUCGUCUACCAUACUUCAUUCAUCACUUCGAGAACUUUGGAUAACUAUCCCAAGACCUUCCACUUUGGAUUAGCUUCAUCCAUAAUAUCUCUUCACCCACAAACUUCAGUGACCUAAGCUGUCUUAUGGUCCAACCCUUGAAUAGCAUUUCUUUGAUCAAACCUCAAAAUUAACUAUUCUGGUCUAGUACUCUGGACAUCUAACACAAUACAUCCAUUAAACUGCUGCCGUUCCCUUUCUCAAAGGAACAGUUCCAUGUUGCGGUUAUUGAAAUUUUAGGGCAAACAUUUUCUGGUUAAUGUAGUGCACAUUAAACUUCUGCUACUACCGUUCAUAUUCUCAAAUGACCAAUAUAUUAUGUCGCAGUUGUUGAAAGGUAUUGAAAUUUUAGAGCAAGCAAAUUUUAGUUAAUGUAGCAAAAGUCGAAAAUAUCCAUAAAAACUAUUGUUUGCGAUAUAAAUUUAAAAAAAAUGCUGUUUAGAAUGUAGUGGGUGCACUGACAUUUAAAAGUAGCAUUCUUGUACAUAAUUAUCUUUUAUAUAAUUUAGGGAUUGGAACUAUGUAAAACAGUAUUCUUGAAAACAGACAUGCAAUUUGGGUAAAGAGUCUUGAACUGUAUAUUCACUGGUCUCCUCAUGUUCAUAAUGCUAUCACUGUAUAAUAUCAUAAAACUUUUUAUAUGGUUACUAGAAAUUAUUCUUAGUUACGUGUCUAGUCCAUCGUGACUGGUUCUCCAAAGGCAACUGCAGUUGCUUACAUUAAUUUAAACAACUCCUUGUGAUAUAACAAAACUGGUACACGUUUCUUUGAUUUCCACUGUGUAACUCGUGACCCGAUGCUUGUGAAACGUGAUAACUUAUAAGGGUUUAUAAAUACAUAUAAACAUUGUUUGUCUGUGCAAUAUUUUAUGUAUAUAGUUUUUCUAUAAAGUCAGUCUUGCGUAGCCUAUUAACCUACGUUUUCACAACUUCAGGAUUUUAAAUUUAACACCAUGUUAUUUGUAUGGUUUUAUAUGGUAACCUUAGCCAUAUUUUUACUAUGUAAAUUUUAACGAAGGUUACUGUACUAUCGUUUUCUCUGCUAAAAUAAAUUUCUAAUCAAUUUAUAAUGAAAAGAAAAUAUAUAGUCUAUAUUUAAAAGAUAGGUUACCCGUGGAAAAGCCAGGAAAAUGGUGGCAUAAGUACUGUUCAUGCAUUGUUGAUAUUGGACUUUGCAAUUUAAUUAAAAUAAUUCUGUGUUGUGGUGUAUCUGAGUUUUGGCGGGUUUUUUUUUUCUCCUUCAGGAGAGGAAACGUCAGUUUUAAUCUAAAAUAUAUACAACACAGAAAAUAGUAAUUUGAGUUUUUGAGAUGGCUAAAUGUAUUUAGUGGUCUAGUUUUGUAAAUAGGAUUCGCACGAAACCGGAUAGUAAAUAAAUUUUCUUUGAUUUUAAUAUAUAAAAAAGCUAGUGUCUUGAUGCAGUGUUGAAGCGUCAAAAUAAAUUACUUCUGUGGAA